AUGUGGCCGGCUUGGCAAGUGAUAACGCUGCUGGGGCUUCUGGCCGGGGCUUUGGCACUCCACUCAACGCCGGACAGGGCCAUGGCCAUAAGCGCUGCUCUCCUUGGCCAGGACUUUGAGGACUUUAAGCCGUACUUCGAGCAGGAGCAAAAGCAGGAGAAGGAGUCGGAUCAGCUGGUGGCCGCCACGAAGCACGAGGAGCACUCGGAGGGCGGGGAGGAGGAGUCGGGGGAGGAGCACCACAGCGAGCACUUCCACAAGAAGGGCGGCAAGAGCAAGAAGGGCCACAAGCACGGCGAGCACUCCGAGAAGGGGGAGAAGGGCCACCACGACAAGGAGGGCAAGAAGGGGGAGCACGAAGAGGAGGAGGGGCACGAGAAGAAGCACAAGCACUCCGAGUCCCAUCACAAGAAGAAGAAGAAGGGCUCCAAGGGCGAGAAGGGCAGCGAGUUCGAGGAUCACGGCUCCUACAAGAAAGGACACUCCAUCAAGGGAAAGCACAACGUCCACAAACUGGACGAAAAUAAAAAGGAGAAGAAGUUCUACGAUGAGGAUCACAACGAAGGAGGCGAGGAGAAACACGGAGGCUUCGAGGAGUCCAAGAAGCACAAGAAGGGGAGCAGCUUCAAGAAAGGUCACCACAAAAAGGGAGGUCACGAGGAGCACUACGGCAAGAAGGGUCACAGCAAAAAGGGCCACAAGAAGAAGGGUCACAAAGGUCACAAGAAGAAGCACGAGGAGUCCAAGAAGUGGGGCCACAAAAAGGAGCACGGCAAGAAGGGCGGCGAGGAACACAAAAAGAAGUGGCACAAAUCCCACAAACAGAGCAGCGAUCACGAUCACGGACAUCAUUGA